CAUGUCCCCGUCCCGUCCUUCCUUUCCAGGUCGGUCUUAUUACGUCGCUGGGUCCAUCCAUGAUCCAACCGAGGCCGACAGUGUGCCUUGGCCAAACCAAUUCCUCCAAUUCCACAGUGUCAAGACCAACCAGUCUAUCGCAGAAACAAGCACAGCAGCUGGUAAGCAAACUCAAUAGUCCAUCUGUCUCUUCCGCCCUCUCGAGACGUAUCCGAGGCCACGCACGAUAUCCAGCUCUGUGGCAGUCCAUUGCCAAUGCCUCGCCGUCGCCGACGCAACAGCUGACAAGCCUUCCCCCUCGUUCGCGCCAUCGACCAAAGCUCGCCAACCCAGAAUCCCACUCUCAGGCUCGCCAGGCCGCCACUCAAGCCUGACGAGCUAUAGCCCAUGGCUCUCGCAAGCUUGAAGGUUGUCCUACUUGAGCUGCUGCAGUGCCGGUGACGCUCUCCUCCCCGCCAACCGAAUCCCGCCCUUUCGGAACAAUGCCAGCUCUAACACGCUGUCUCGCAACGCGACGAAUAGUGCCGUAUCAUGGGUCCUCGCGGAUUAUCUCGUCCACAGCUGUGCGAUGCGUAUACUCCCCCCUAAAUACCAGCAUUAGGACUUCCAUCGACCAGCCCACCUCUGUCGCACUUCCUGGGCACCCGCCGCGACGAUGCUACACCACCCAAGGGCCAACCCCCCGAUGGCUUACGACUCGGCCCCGCACGUCACUCGAUUGCGAAGAACGAAGCAUACUCAAGAAUAGCAAAACAUCGAGCUCGAGAAACCGUCGAUUGUUCCACAACUACUUCGUCACCCAUCUGCCAUCAUCUUCUCUCCACCCUGACUCUCGAACGUCUUCCGGCCCCGGUCACAAGCUGCCCCGCGAUGCUUCGACCCCCCACAAAGUAACGCCGGGAUCCUCUCCAGUAGCCGCAGCUCUCAACAUGCCUAGCCGAGACCUUACAGUGGUCCGGAUUCCGCUCAAGAGAGCCAAACAUCACUAUGGUGUUUUCUCCUCAAGGGGUCAACGGCCGUACAACGAGGAUACCAACCAAGCUGGCACGAUUAGCGUGCCUGCGUUUGCUAAAAGGGCUCCUAUCAGUCUUCAGAGGCGGCCGAUCCAAAAACCCAAUGAGGCAACUUCGGCUGACAGCGCACUUGGUGACCCCCAGGUCUUCUACUUUGGUAUAUUCGACGGGCAUGGCGGAUCUCAGUGCGCCGAGUUCUUGCGUGAUGAGCUGCAUGGCUAUAUUGAGCAGUCCUCUGCUGAGUUUGGCCUCCAGAGCAGCCUGGCAAGGAGCCCGGCACCGGAGACGGGUCGCAAGGAGGAAGACCCCAAUGAGGAGUUGUUUAUGAAGACGGAGGAAGAUGUCAAGGACGACAUUCGUGUUCCCGAGGAAGACAAACACGGCGUCUUGACGAAUCCCGAAAGGGAGGAGCCCAUGAAAGGGGCCAAACCAGUCUCGGUCAAGGUAGAAGACAUUCCAAAGGCUAUCAAGUUGGCACAAGACCUUGUGGAAGAGUAUCGACAAACCGUCGGAGGAUAUUUCCGGCGCUUCAACCCUGAGUACUUCCAACUAUCAGAAGAAAAGAUAAUCGACGCCGACGAGCCCGGGGUGACAGUUGAGUCCGUCCUCAUGUACGCCUUCCUCAGAGCAGACUUGGACUUCAUCUCCGCCCAGGCACGCAAACCUGAUCCCGAUGACCCUCAAGCAAACGACCGCCCCGUCAACAACGACGAGAUUCUUGGAGUUCCACACAAACCACCAUCAGGCCACGGCAUUGGUGGCCCGGCUCGCUUCAAGGGCGGAUCGACGGCAUCGGUGGCUCUCAUAUCGACACCCACGCCAGCACCAUUCUGGCACCCCAAUGCGCAGUCUACCCUGGUUGUGGCUCAUGUGGGUGAUACCCGUAUACUUCUCUGCACAACGACCACCGGCCUCGCGCAACCCUUGACGUCAGACCAUCACCCAACCACUCCCACGGAGAGCCGUCGUCUCCGCCGCUAUGCGCCGGCCGGGUCCAUGGUGUCGGCAGACAGCUUCGGGGAGGACCGUAUCGCAGGGCUGGCCAACAGCCGCGCGUUCGGCGACAUGCGAAGCAAACGCAUUGGUGUAUCGGCCGAGCCAGAGAUCACCCGCGUCGAGAUUGGACCUGCACAGUACUCCUUCCUAGUCCUAAUGAGCGACGGCAUCUCGGGCACACUCAGCGACCAGGAGAUUGUCGACGUAGUCAAGGAGGCCAGGACGCCCGAAGAGGGCGCCAAGGAUGUGGUCAACUAUGCCACCGAGGUCUCCCAUGACGGCGACAAUGCCACCUGUCAGGUCGUAAGACUCGGCGGGUGGGAGCGUAGGUCGGAGGGCGGAGUCGGCAGUCUCGGCACCAAGGAAAUCCGUGACAAGAGGAGGGCCGAGGCGUUGGAUCCCCGACGCGGCAAGCAGUAAUGCUUCACACAACUGCGAGAAAUCAAUCAUGUAUGUCUUCUUCAGCGUAACGGAGCAAUAUCACCAUCGUUAUCACAUCUUCAGGAGUUGGGGAUCUAGGCACGGGCAUUCAUCGGUUGAUGUGCCAUAUGAGCAUUGGCAGCAAGGGUUGGUCAUUCGAGAGGGACAAGAUAAAUCAUACAUACAAUUCAACAAAUACGAACAUUAAGCACGGAAAAAAU